AAACAUUUUGAAUGUUUCAAACAUGCUAAAAGUGUUUUAGCGCCAAUACAAUUAAAAUGAUGAUAGUAUCAGUUGUUACCGAAUAAACGUCACUCAGCACAGCACAGCAAUCAGUUGUCAAAUAUCACGACUUCAAUUAACACGGCACGUCAUUGGUCUGCUUUAAAAAUCGGAAAUAAUCCAUAAUCAAAGGCAAUUAUCGUCUGGAAAAUUUGUGCUUCCAAUCAAUUUAAGAGCUAGAGACGAAUUGUGUUAUAUCUAAGUGAGUCAUUGCAUCGGAAAUGAGUGACGAUAGAAUUGACGUCGAAGGAAACACCCGAUCAAAUAUGGAAAAUAUGGCGAGCCCUAGUCAAAUUAAAAAUGUUACACCCGAUCUAUCAGAUGAUCGAUUGUCAUCGCCCAUCCUCAUGCUAGACGUCGACGGAUUGGAGGAAUUAUUCGAGUGGCUAUCAUUGGUCGACUUGCGUUCGCUUCGUCAAACAUGUAAACGAUUGAAACAAGUCAUCGACUACUUCAUCAAAACGAAUUAUCCAGCGGUGCGAAUUGGUUUCCGUUGUAUUAUGCCUGGAGUGUGUAUCGGAGAUGAAUUUCAUCAAAUUCAACAACUUGAUCCAAUCAGUGUUAAUAUGAUUAAAAAGGUUAGAUUCUGCGUUAAUAUAAUAACCCAUAAAUGUAUAAACUCCUUGCGACAAAUUUUGUCACACGUUGAACAUAUAGAAAAUAAUGCAAUAGAAGUCGAUGGCGACUUUUACGAAUCGAUUCUCAAGGGCUGUUCAAGUUUGAAAUAUUUGUACGUCAAUGAUGAAAUGGUAGUCGGAAAAAAUGGAUGGCUAUGUCGUCAGUACCCGACGAUUGAACACUUUGCGAUUGGCGAAGACGAACCGGGAUCGAGUGAAAAAUUUACCAUGGUGAAAACAUUCUUCGAAUUGAACCCGAACAUUCAAACAUUUUCCACUUCGUCCUAUCUUCUUCAAGUAAAUCGCAACUAUUUUUUGGGAUCAAACAUAAAAAUCGACCGAUUGAAAAUUCGCGAGUCCAGUUAUCCCCUGGAGACCAUGAUUGAACUUCGUGAUAUACUUAAUCAGUUAUACGAUCAAGGAUCCUACAAGCGAUUGCAUUUGUUCAUCGAGUACGUCAGUGAUCAAACAAACUUGAUUCGAAUAUCAUCGACACGCGGAAUGGAAAAACUAUAUGUCCACUAUGCUGCCGUAAUAGCAGAACUCACACUGCCACCGAUGCCAGAUUUAAGAGAGCUUUGUUUAAGCCGCGAUGAAUUAUUCCAAAAUUUUGAGUCCAUUGCUAAGAAUCUCAUGAACGUUGAACGUGUUUACGUUGAGAAAGCUAGAAUCGAGGACAUUGUAACAUUUGUGCAUUUUGCGCCGAAGAUAAAGGAAAUCAAAGUACGUUGGAUUCAGGAUGGAACUAAUUUCAAAGACGGAGUCAUUGACUUGCCAGCACUGAACAAAGAGCGAAAACGAUUGCCUGGUGCAUGCAAAGUUACAGUUUACGUUAAAGAAAACAUUUUUCUAUCAACGAAAUGGGCAACAGCAAAGACUGAACUCAGUUUAGUCAGGCUCAAGCGAACUGCAGCCGUCGAUUGGGUCCAUAGAUUUGAGUAACACAAAGUAGCAAAAACACAUUCCAUUGAUUUUGUUCAUGUACUAACUCAUCCUAAACCUGACCUCCUUUGACUUUCAACUUUAAUUAAAGUUUGAGCACUUUGAAUCAGCAUUAACAAACUUACGAUAACACACUUCGGUUCUGUCAUUCUUAUAACUGUACCGAUCAAUCGAUGCGUCAGAGAAAAAAUGUAAAAUUAACUUGAAAAAAUCAAGUCGAUUGACUUUUGAACUUUGCUAUAUCAAUAACCAUUCAAAUUUGCAACUGAGUGUGAGUAUAAAUUCAAGAACUUUUUAUAAAAAAAUAAAUGAUUUAAUUGCAUCAUUUUUAUA